AUGCCACCAGACAUGGCGAUCUCGAUGAGGCACACGAAACUGAAGGCUGAGGAGGCGGCCCUCCUCGCCGGGGAGAUCAACAAGCCCUCCUGGGAGUCCAGGAACGAGGGCAUCCACGAGAGAGUCAGCUUUGAAGACACCAUAUGGGGCUUUGAUCUAGCUGGUGGUUCCUUCUACAAUACUCCUUUGAGAGUUACUUUUGUGAAACCGGACAGCCGCGCAGAGAAGGCAGGCAUCAGGCCCGGAGACAAACUCCUCAGGAUUAAUGACUUGGACACCUCGAAGCUCACCAUUCAGGAGGCACACGACAUCAUCGUGCAGUCAGGGAUACAUCUUAAGCUAUCUGUUACCUCACCAGAAGACGAGGAAGAUGCCUACUAUUGCUAUGAGGAUCCUAUUGUUGAUGGCUACGACAGUGAGGAGGAAAGGCGACUGGAAGAAGAAAAGGCCAAAAAGAGGAGGGUGUGUGCUAGAGUGAGCCACUUCUGGAGUUUACAAUGGCCUUGGGUCAGCAAGAGGAGGUUUAUAUACAGAGAGUCGAACUGCUUCAUGGUGCCAAGCAAAUAUGAGGAUGCACGCAGAGAUAAAUAUCCUCCACUACCAGCACUAAGAUACACUGAUGAAAUUGUUCACUUCAGCAAGGAUGAAAAUCAAGACAACUCAAAACGCAUACCUUCACUAUGGGAAGUUAAACAAAAGGCAAGGAAAGAAAGACAGGAACGGUUGGCGAAGAUGGAGGCUGCCAGUGACGUCAGCGAUGUUUCUGAAGAACCACCCAGAGAUAUGACUGAACAUAAAGAAGUGGUUAAAAGUAAUGCGCCUCAGGAAAUAAAUCCAAAGUCAAGAAGAUCAACUUUAAGAGUAGAACGACAAGAAACCAUUGAAGAAGAAACGCCAAAAGAGGAAACAGAGGAAAAUAAUGAGAGGAGUGAAGAUAUUACCGAGGAAACAAAAGCAGAAAUGAACGGAGAAAUGCAAGAAGAGGUUAAUGAACAAUUAAAUGGAGAAAUGAGUGAGGAAAUGCAAGAAGAUGAAAAUGAAGAAAUGAAUGAAGUUGAGGAAGCGCCGAAUAAGGAAGUUGACGAAAAUAACAAUGACAUUACCAACACUGAUAUGUUGAGUCCUAUUCCCGAAAAUAUUGAAGAAACUCAAGCAAUGGAAAAUAAUGCAGAAACAGAAAAUGCUGUAGAUGAAGACAACAUUGACCAUGUAAAUGGAGAAGUCAGUGAUGAUGCUAUAUUAAACGAAGUGCUAAGUAAGGUAGACAGUGCACCUAGAAGUGACGAUGACAAUAACAUUUUGGAUAGUAUACUAAGUGACGAAGGACAGAAUUUGGAAAAUUCUGAAUCAAACAAUGAGAGAUAAAUAUACAAAGAAAUGUUUAUUUUUGUACAAAAUGUUUGCUCUCGCCAAGUCUUUCACGGACGGGCUGUGACGUAAGCAGAUGGCGCUAGUGUAGUCACCAUUACACUUGUGAUAUUGAUCAAUGCUCAAUUAAAUCUAUUUAGCAUUUAUCAAGUAACCAAUUAAUUUUAAAAUUAAAUCACAUUAGAUUAACUCCUAAUUACUCACGAUUAUGUCGAAACUUAUCAUCUUUAAAUAAGUUGUGAUUAGUGUCAUUACAAUCGGUUCAAUGACUAAUUGGAAUUCCGGUCAAUAGAUCUUCGAUUUGAACCUGUGCCAGAACCAUUGUUGUAAAC